CUUAAUCUGUCAAAUGGUUAGUUUGUGUCACACAUAAGCAUUACCAAAUAUCGUUUUUGUAUUGCAUUAAGGUAGUUAAGAUUUUUAAUAUAAGAAAAACCAUACAAUAGAAACAUAUAUGGACAAUAACUGCGAGAAAGGGUCAUCAUGUAUACGGAGCAGCAUUUGAACUGAUUAAUCAUGAGUAAUAAUGAACAUAAGGAACAAGAAAGUGAACCCUCAGCUUCUUUGGAAGUACUUAAGUCGAGUAACACAAAACAAACAACAAAAGAUGUGGAAAAUAGAAAAGACACCAAAUAUGAUAGGGGAGCUUCUAGAGAAGCACCGACCAAAAUACUCCCCUCGAAUUCGGAUUCGCUUGAAAGUAAAAGUUCAGCACAGGCGAAGCCUGUUUCUGUUCUUGAUGAUGGUGCGCCAGAUCCCGUGAGUUUGAGUACACUGGCUUCCAAAACCACCUUGAAGCCGAAGGAACCGAUAAGAGUUGGCUUUUAUGAUAUUGAGAGAACGAUUGGCAAAGGAAAUUUUGCCGUUGUCAAACUUGCACGGCACAGAAUAACUAAAAACGAGGUCGCUAUAAAAAUAAUCGACAAGAGCCAGUUGGAUUCAGUAAACUUGCAAAAGGUCUAUCGUGAAGUUGAAAUAAUGAAACGUUUGAAUCAUCCUCACAUCAUCAAACUCUAUCAGGUGAUGGAAACUAAAAAUAUGAUUUACAUAGUAUCCGAAUACGCUAGUCAAGGGGAAAUAUUUGAUUACAUAGCAAAAUUUGGAAGGAUGUCUGAGGGUUCUGCAAGAAGUAAAUUUUGGCAGAUUUUGUCAGCGGUAGAAUAUUGCCAUAUGAAAAAUAUUGUACAUAGAGAUUUAAAGGCUGAAAACCUUCUACUUGAUAUUAAUAUGAAUAUAAAGAUCGCAGAUUUUGGAUUUUCGAACCAUUUUAAGGUUGGUGAAUUGUUAGCAACGUGGUGUGGUUCACCUCCUUAUGCUGCCCCUGAAGUGUUUGAAGGAAAACAGUACACCGGUCCGGAAAUAGAUAUAUGGUCGCUAGGGGUGGUACUAUAUGUUCUUGUCUGUGGGGCGCUGCCGUUCGAUGGAUCUACAUUACAGAGUUUAAGAGAUCGAGUACUGUCAGGACGAUUUAGGAUUCCUUUCUUCAUGUCUUCGGACUGUGAACAUUUAAUUCGAAGAAUGCUUGUACUUGAACCCUCGCGGCGUUACACAAUCAAUCAAAUUAAAAGUCACCGUUGGGUUUGUGGAGAAGCUCGUGAUGCCGUUGUUGUAACACAAUGUAACGUUAACAUGGAUGGAACUUCAAGCAUUGAACCGAACGAGGACAUACUACGGAUAAUGUCGGAAUUCGCUGGAAUACCACCAGAAAAAACCAUAGCAAGUUUGAAGAAGAAUAGCUAUGACCAUGUUGCGGCGAUAUAUUUAUUGCUUCAAGACCGUGUUAAUAGUAAGAAAAAUAUGCAAGAAUAUUCAAAACGUUUAAGUGAUAAUACACUGCCACGCAUUGCAUCAAUGGGAUAUCAUGGAUCUUCAAAGCUACUACAUAAAACUAGACCCUCGAUCGACAAACAACGAUUGAAGCAAACAUAUACUACAGUAAAAGAAAAGACAAUAUCACCACUGCCAGGUGUAGACGAAGGGAAAUUUGGUAGUUUUCCAACGAAAUUUUCUCAGAAAAUCGUUACCGAUUGUGAUAACACUCAAAUCCACGAACAUAAUAAAAACUGUAGUUCUACGACUAUAACAAACUACGAACUCAAAGAGGCACAAAUAAGCCAAUCAACAACAAAAGGAAGACCGACACCUAUCAAGAUUUCUCGUUUAAGUCGGCCCAAUAUAAGCUCAAGCCAGCAUCCAAUAGCAUCGCCAUAUAGUACAGACAAUAAAUUAUCGACGGUUAGUGAGAAAUGCCGCCAAGAGAAUGUAUUAUCGAAUGAACAUAUAAAUGGUUUAUUGGCUGCACCUAGCGUGAUAAACGAAAGUCCAUCUCACCCGCUCCAUCAAAAUUUAAGAGAGUGUAUAAUUAAGCAAAGCUCAGAGGAUUGCCGUCUCCUUUUACAACAAGCCACUGCCAUUGCCGAAUCUAAGACGUAUGCUAAUAGUGAAACAGAAAUUGAAAGUGAUGCACAGAUUGAACUUAAGAAUUCUUCACCAGCUGUAAAGAAAAUGUCAAGCUCGACCAGUUUCGAUUCUUCUUCUAGCGGACAAAAAGCAAAGGCGAAUUUUCAUUUCAAAAUGUCGGCAGAGGCCGCUAAACUUUUCCAAACAUUACAAGAAAGUCCGCUUCCUAUAGAGAAACUGGAUGCCUCUGAGCCAGCAUCGAGUAAAUCAAAUUCAUCUAUAAAUAGAAGUGUCUCCCCUAGCAUGUCUAUAGCUCACAACGGUUGCACCUCAAAAUCAUCGCAGACUGAUUCCAAAUGCAGGAAAUUUUGUAACGAAAAGUGUGCAUCUCGACUAAAGUCAACCAAAAUAGCCACCCAGUGCAGCACUAGUACUGACGAGGGUUGUGAAACGGACCACGCAAAUGAAAUUAGAGAUUGUUCGCAAUCGACGUGCGAUCUCACACAGCGCAUUCAGUCUUAUGCCAGCAGCAGUUCAUCGAGCGGCGUGUUAGCAAGUUAUUCUAAAAGCUUGAGCCAAAACCUAAGCCGUGGAUCGUCAAACAGUAACUGUUCGGUGUUGGAAGGCAUAGAUCUAAACAUGGCACCCAGUAUUGAUCUGGCAAGCAGCUUGCCAUCGUGUGCCAGCAAUACCACCUUAGCUACCGCAUCGGAUCGGAUGUCCGAUCGCUCAAUCUAUAAUAGUAAUAAUUCGUGUUUUCAAAUACCCGUCUCAAGUAAUUCUUCGACGCUGUGUACUAAGCUGCCUAUGGAAUGCCUGGAUAAAAGGUCUCCAAUACAUUUUAGGGAAGGUCGACGGGCAAGUGAUGGUCUUGUUGCUCAAGGAUUUGUGAAUUCCAUGACAAUUUUAAAUUCUGGCGUUGGUUACGGUAGUUAUCGAUAUGAUACCCGAAAGCAAGAUUGCUGGUUGGAAUUACAACAACUACAAAAGGAAGUGGUAUCACUAAAGUCAAAAUAUCGUAACAAUAAAGUACCUCUAGAUGACGGCAGCAAUUAUCAAUUUCAAAGUAGUCAAUUUUACUCAAUUCCAAAUAGACUGUCAUUAGAUUUGCAUCACCAGUUCGUACAAACGCCACACACUCCAAGGACUCCACAUCUAGUACGUCCACAGCAUAGUUUCGAAACCGUAGAUUUUUCGCCGCCAUUCGUAAAUAAUGUACGCUUCGACGCAAGUAAUCUGCCUAUGGCUACGCCAGCUCGUGGUGAUAUGGCGUUGCUGUGCAAUAUUAAUCCAUUGGUUAUACAACGACAGCCCCUUCAACAACAGCUGUUACAACAUAGGCUAUUGCAACAAAAACGACAACUAUUACAAAAACAAUAUGCUUUGGAGUCUCAUAUUUCAAGGCAACAGCUAAUGAUGCGUGAACAAUCUUACAAAGCGGGUCCACCACAACAAUUUGUUGGCCAAGGCUUAAUUGCAACCAGUUUUGAGUCUGCAGAUCCAUGCCCACCAAACGAUAUUUUUGUAAAUGGCCUGCAUGUUUUUGAACGGGGUUCAGCAAAAUUCCAACAGUCAUCAAUAAUCCCACUGCCUUACGGCCCAACGAUUAAUAACUACAUGAAGACGUCUUAUAUAAAACAACAAUCCCAAGACCUUUCUAUGCUCACGAUGCCUACAAAAUACACACCUCCGUUAAGUAGACAUGCAUCAGAGACUUGGAGCUCGCUUCCAACAACUGUGAACAGUAGUCAAUUGAAAAAGUCAAGUAAAUUAAUUGAAAAUGGCGGACGCUUAGCGCCACAGUUUCAUGCAAAUGAAAAAUACACGGAGUCGGAAGUUCGGAAAGUUCAAAACAAUGAAAGGAGUUGGAAGACUUUAAAAUUUGUAAAAAGUGGACCAGAGCUUUCUACUCAUUGGACAUUACUUAUGACCUCUUUUUAGAGCUUCAAAAUGCAUAUAAUUGAUUGAUUGUAAUGAUACAUUCCGUAUAAUUCAAUACUUCGCUUUCACUAAGAACCUUAUAUUGAAAUUUAAUUAAACCAGAACUAAAUGUAGAAUUGUGCAGCCAUUUAUGUAUGUAAUUUAUCACAAAUUUAUUUUUUCUAGAAUUUACGAAAGUCAAUACACUGACGUUUUCGUGAAUCCGUUACAUGCACUGAACAUAAAUUUUAACCGAAAUUAUUAUAAUAGGUAUACAAUCGAAUUUUAUAUUGAAUUCUUUUAAUCCGGCCUCCAUCAUUAAUAUAUCAUAAUUUUUUAAUGUUUCUACAUUUGUUCGCAUAUAAACUACAGUUUAUGAAAUUUUCUUCCAGACAAACGUUUACACAUCGAACUGGCAAACCGUCAUAAGACCCCUCAGCGAAAGCCCCAUUCUGGAAUUGGCUGAACAUUUGGAGUCUGUAUGAUCAUUACAUAAUUAAACAAUUUACGUAGUUAAUUCGUAUCGAAAACAAGAACAAUAAAAUAAUAUCAAUUACAUAAUUGCAUUUACACUUUAAUAGUAAUAGUUAUUAUUGUAAAACUAUGCAUAAUAUUGCUUAAAAUAAACAUCGACAGUUCUUAUA